AUGAUAUGGAAGAGUUUGAAAGACUUCCCAGACCUGCCUUUCCCAACAGAUAACUACAGAAAUGCUGAUUUGAAUAGGCUUAUCAUAGAGGAGACAUCAUACAAUGUUAGAGAGAUGAAGGAGGUUCACGAUGCUAACUACCAGAAGUUAAAUUCAGGCCAGAGGUGUGUAUAUAAUUCAGUCAUUGAUUCUGUGCUCGCAAAGAAGGGUGAUUAUUCUUUGUACACGGAAGUGGUGGAUGCGGCAAGACUUUUCUUUGGCAACAGUGAUAGCUUACCUUCGUUCAGAACGUCGAAUUGUAAUCCCUGUUGCUUCUCAGGGAUUGCAGCGACACUGCUCCCAGGUGGGAGGACUGCACACUCUCGCUUCCAUAUACCUAUAAAGCUUGAUCAAUACUCCUGUGCUGGCAUUAAACAUGGUACUGACCUUGCUGAAUUAAUCAAACUCACCGAUUUGAUUAUUGGGAUGAGGCGCCUAUGCAACACCGCUAUGCUUUUGAGUGUGUUGAUCAUUUUGCCUGUUAUUCCAAAAGCUUCGAGAGCAGAAAUCAUUGCAGCAGCUUUGAAUAAAUCUAAACUAUGGGAUCACUGCCAGGUGUUCCUUCUAUUUCAGAACAUGCGAUUGCAUGCUGGGAAUAGUCCUGAGCAUAACCAGAUGAUAAAAGAAUUUAGUGAAUGGCAGCUCCAGAUUGGCGAUGGAAAAGUAGAUCCAAUUCGAAUAAAGAACACAUUUCCGAGGUGUUAUUCAAAUUACCUGAGCAACACGUUGUCCACUCACAUGACACACCUGUUCAAGAUUUGA